AACAACAACCAAUUUUGCAACAGAGCAACCUAAGAGUUACGAAAUGGCAUCCCAAAACAACAGUUAUGUGUGGAGUCACAUCCAUGAGAUUUUGGAACCUGUAUCCUAUCCGCAGCAUCAUCAUCAUCAUCAUCAUCAUCAAAGCCGUCAUGUUGCAACAUAUGAGGAGGCUAUAGCCGAGGCAAACCAAUCAUACUAUGAAAAGGUUCGCCGUGAGAACGAGGCCGAGCGACAAGAUUCGAGGUUUCGCCACCGGAAUAGUAGUACUUAUGAAAGUGUUGAUCAAGAGGCUGAGGCUUUUAUUCAACAUGAACAUAGGAGAAUGGCAUUAGCCAAACUCAUGUCAUCAAUGAAGAGUAAUUAAUGGAGCCUUCAUGAGUGUCACCAUGCAGUUGCUGUAGGAGAUCUGUGUUCAUUUGACGUGGAUUUAGAUUUUUUAAAGUUGCUGUAUGAUUUGUCCCUUCUACUAAUUUCUUGUGUAGCUCUAUUUUAAGCUAUUGUUUCAAAUACAAUAAUCUAUACAAGGCCUUUUGUAUUAUAAUUAAUAAA